GGUGACCGGCAUGGUCCUGUCGGUGCUCGCCGGCGUCUGCCUGGCCGCCACCCUCGCCAUGUUCGCCACCGGCCUGUCUGACCUGCGCCAGAUGUUGGCGACUAAGAGUGUGGAGAACAUCCAGUUCCUGCCCUUCCUCACCACUGAUGCCAACAACCUGAGCUGGUUGGGCUAUGGCUGCCUGAAGGGGGAUGGGACCGUGAUCACCGUCAAUGCCAUCGGGGCAACUCUGCAGACCCUCUACAUCCUGGUGUAUCUCUACUACAGCCCUGCCAAGCGCCCCGUGCUGCUGCAGGUCGUGCUGCUCCUGGCUGUGGUGGUCACUGGCUAUGGCUACUUCACCAACCUGGUUGACACAGGGAUGCGCCUGACACACCUGGGGCUCUUCUGCAGUGUCUUCACCAUCACCAUGUACCUCUCACCACUGGCUGACCUGGCCAAGGUUAUCCGGAGCAAGUCGACGCGGUGCCUGUCCUUUCCCCUGACCGUCACCACCCUUGUGGCCUCCAGCAGCUGGACACUCUAUGGCCUGCAGCUCCAUGAUCCCUACAUCACAGUCCCCAAUGUGCCAGGGAUCGUCACCAGCCUCGUGCGGUUCUGGCUCUUCCAGCGGUACAGGCCAGAGAAGGACAAGCCCUACAGCCCCCUGCCCGCCUGAGAGGUCCCCUAAGGAGCACCCCAACUCUGGCCUGGGCUGGCCCCACCACUGUCCCCUUGGCCCCUGCCAGUGGGACACCAGGAAGGACCUCCUGCCUCCAGCCCUGCAUCCUUCAGCGAAGGCCCUGGAGCUCUCAGCAAUGCUUUUGGGGUGCCAUAAGCCCCUCAAAUCCCAGGGUGGGAGGAUAGUUUUCCAUGCCCAUGGCCCUGCCUGGCACCGGGAUGGGUCUUUCAGGGGUCCAGGUGUCAUUUUUGUAUGGAUUCAAGUGCCUUUUAAUAAAUCAGAGACUUCCCAGC